GGGUGGGAUUGUAGUCAUUGUAAGCCAGUAAGUCACAGUGAGGAGCGGCCAGGCAGACUGCAAGACGGUGCAAAUUGUGAUGAGUUAAAGCAUUAGCAGACUGAGCCACUGAUACAGCCAGGGUGUGUGUGCGCGCGAGAACGGAGAGAGAGAGAGAGAGAGAGAGAGAGAGAGAGAGCGUGAGAGCGAGAGAGUGAGAGCGAGAGAACAGAGUGAGGAGAAAAGGGAAGAAGGAGAAAAGGAAGGGAAAAGAAAAAGGAUACUACAAUCAUGCUGUGCUGCAUCAGGAGAGCCAAACCGGUGGAGAAGAAUGAAGAUGCCGACCUGAAAAUCGAGCAGGAUGCCAACAAGCCAGAGGACAAAGCCCACAAGGCUGCGACCAAAAUCCAGGCCAGCUUCCGGGGACAUAUAAUCCGGAAAAAGCUUAAGGACGAGAAGAAGGAGGACAGUCCUCCCGUCCAGGAGGGGGCGCCAGAGGGAGAGGAGAAGAAGGAGAAGGCCUCUCCAGUGGCCGACUCAGCCGCGGAGCCUGCAAACGACAGCAGCGCCGGGACGAAUGACGCCAAAAGCCCGGAAAAGGAGAAGCCGGUGAAUUCUCCCGCGGCAGCCGCGGCCUCCCCCACGGCCACCUCUCCCGUGGCCUCCGAACCCAGAAAAGACGAGGCCAAGCCGGAGGAGGCCGCCAACGCUAAAGAAAAUCCCAAAGAGGCGGAGGAGAAGGCGGCGGCGAGCGAAAGCAAAGAGACGACUCCCCCAGCGAAGGAGGAGGGCGCCGCUGACGCCCCAGAGAGCGCCCCGUCGGCGAAGCCUGCGGAGCAGGAGGCGAAGGAGGAGCCCAAACCCGCCCACGUGCCUGCCGCCUCUGACAGCGCCACCACGCCCAGCAAGGCCCCGAGCCAAGAGACGGAGUCCGCCCUGCCCGAGGAGAAAGAUGUUGCUGAUGAAUCCAAACCAACUGAAAGUUCUGCCCAAGUAGAGGCAGGCAAUGAAGAAGCUAAUGCUAACCAAGACAAAGUCUGAAAAAAGGAUUAAAAAUGAAAUUUAAAAAAAGGUUUCUCUAAGCCUAUUGAUUGUGAGGACCGUCAAUUUUUAUUUAAUUGAUUUAAUUUUUUUGUGUGGCAAUGAUUUUCUAAAAUUGGGGGAGUUCCCAUAUGAGGUAUUUGGCCCAAGCUAGCAUCAGUGUGCAUUCAUACAGUAUGCUAACGAAUGUCAGGACACAUCCAGGACUACACAUUCCAAACUAGCAAAACAGAAAGGAACAGUUCCUUUAUCUUGAUCAAGCUGUUUACACAAUAUUCAAAUUGUUUACAAUGUAUUUGAUGAAUCACACCCCCUCCCCCUCCCCCCCAAAAAGUGUAAAAUUCAUUAUGAGGUCAGAUGGCAAGCUGCCUUAUAGAAUGUAUACAAACCCAGCAGGGAUAUAUAACAAUUUCAUUCAUCAGGAGAAGAAUCGCUUGAGUCAUUUAACAAAUGCCAUGGAAACCCCCCAAUCAACAGGAACGUUUCGCAGUCACAAUACGAAAAAAAAAGAAAAAAAAGCGUGGCUUCUUUUAGGUGUUCUUGAUGUUGUUAUGACAGUUUGAUAUGACCAUCAAUCCUUUGGAAUUAUUAUUGCACUGUAUUAAAAACAACAAUUUAACAAAAUAAAAAAAAUACAAAAUUACUCUGAUUAUUUUCUGUUCAGUGAGUGCAAUGUUCCGUUUAGAUAUAAGAACUUAAAAUUCUUAGUGAAUAAAUGGUUUCAAUUCAGUGUGGUGGGAAAUAACUUUUUUGUCUGUUUUCAGAAUAAAGCAAUGUGCCAAUUACA